AUGGUCAAAGAUUCAAAAUUUUAUUCAACUUUGGGCGUUAGUGAAAAUGCGUCUGACUCAGAAUUAAAGAAAGCCUAUAGAAAGGCAGCAUUAAAAUACCACCCUGAUAAGAAUGCUUCACCGGAAGCAGCAGAAAAAUUUAAAGAAAUUUCCCAUGCUUAUGAAAUUUUAUCAGAUCCAGAAAAGAGAGAAAUUUAUGAUCAAUAUGGUGAAGAAGGUUUAUCUGGUCAAGGUGGAGCUGGUAUGAAUGCCGAAGAUAUAUUUGCACAGUUUUUUGGGGGCGGUUUUGGUGGUGGUGGUCCUCAAAGACCAUCAAGAGGUAAAGAUAUUAAACAUCAAAUUUCAUGUUCAUUAGAAGAUUUAUACAAAGGUAAAAGUACAAAAUUGGCGCUUAAUAAAACCGUACUUUGUCACGAAUGUCUGGGUAGAGGAGGCCUUGAAGGAAAAGUUAAAGAAUGUCAAGACUGUCAUGGUUCUGGUAUGAAAUUCGUAACUAGACAGAUGGGUCCGAUGAUCCAACGUUUCCAGACAGUUUGUGAUAAAUGUCAAGGCUCUGGUGACAUUUGUGACCCUAAAGACAGAUGUAAAACUUGUAGAGGUAAGAAAACUCAGCAAGAAAGAAAAAUUUUACAAGUUCAUAUUGAACCAGGUAUGAAAGAUGGUCAAAGAAUUGUCUUUAAUGGAGAAGGUGAUCAAGAGCCAGGUAUUUCUCCUGGAGAUGUUAUUUUCAUUAUUGAUGAAAAACCAAAUUCAGAAUUUCAAAGAAGUGGUAAUAACUUAAUUAAAAGUAUUGAAAUUGAUUUAUCAACUGCUUUAUGUGGUGGAGAAAUCGGUUUCAAACAUGUUAGUGGAGAAUGGAUUAAAACUCAAGCUAUUCCAGUUAUUAAAUAUGAUGAUGUUAAAGUUAUUGAAGGUCAAGGUAUGCCAAUUUAUAAACAAAGUUCAAAAGGUAAUUUAAUUUUAAAAUUUACAAUCAAAUUUCCAGAAUUAAAUCAAAUUAAAGAUGUUGAAAAAUUAAAAGAAUUAUUACCUCCACAACCAGAAUUAAAUAUUCCAAUUGAUGCAUUAGAUGAACAUAUGGAAGAUUUUAAUCCAAUUAAACAUAAUGAAAGAAGAAGUUAUGAUGAUGAUGAAGAAGGUCAUGGUGGUCAAGGAGGUCCUGGUGUUCAAUGUGCAAGUCAAUAG